AAACAAUAUUAAUCAUGUCCGACUUCAAACAGCAAAUCAACAACGUACGAGCCGCAGUGGGAAACUCCGGCCCAUGGGUCUCUGGCACAAUUCAAGUUCCCCCGGAUAGUCUCGACCUAUAUUAUCUUGAUAAAUCGGGUCUCGCGCAACCCCAAGUCUUGAAAUUAACACCAGCCGCUGCCGUUGAUGACCUCAACAAAUUAACCACGAACUGCGAUAGAGCCACCUUCGGACGCGCCAAAGAAGAGUUGUUGGAUGAGUCCUAUCGAAAAGCGGGGAAAAUGGAUGUCGAACGGUUCUCCUCUAAACUCGACUCAAAUGUUAUCCGCUUGCUACCCCGGAUUUUAUCCCACCUUUUGAAGGGAAAGGAUUCCAACAGGGAGGUAGACGCCGAGUUGUACAAGCUGAACGUUUACGAUACAGGGAGCUUCUUUCGUGUACACAAAGAUACUCCUCGGAGCGAAUACAUGUUUAGCUCGUUGGUCAUAGUCUUUCCAACCCCCCACACCGGCGGCCAACUUGUCCUUCGUCACGACGACAAAGAACACAACUUUGACUCUGGCACGGUUCUAUCCAACUCUCCUUCUCCGAACGACACGAUCGCGUACGUUGCGUUCUUCUCCGACGUCGAACACGAGGUCUUGCCCGUCACCUCCGGCCAUCGCGUUACAUUAACCUACAACCUCUACUUCUCCAAAUCGACCGCUCAAGAUCCUGAUUCCCUCCUCGUAACAAAAACAAACUUCAAUGAAUUAAGAGACACGAUUUCUGCUCUACUGGACAAUCCUCAAUUCCUUCCUAAGGGUGGCCUACUUGGAUUCACUCUAUCCCACUCUUAUGCUGUUGAUCCUGAUAGCGGUGACAGCCUGAACGGAUUUCUUCAACUACUCAAAGGCGAAGAUGCAGUUAUAUACUCGGCAUGUGAAGAUCUCGGCCUGUGUCUGUCGAUUAACAGCGUUCUUAGUGAACGGCUCUUAGUCAGUCGAGCUCUCAAUUUAGCGGAUUACAAUGACAUGGAGGAAUCAAUCAUUGAUCUCAUUAUGGCGGGCAUAGGGGGAACGCUGACCCAUCGUCACAAUCGCAAACCUGUUUGGGAAUAUGGAGAUGCAAAGCAGCGUUCGAAAGCAAUAGCUUGGAUUAAAGAUUUCAAAAAAGGGCAGGCGGGAUAUAAGUCACCGGUUAUCAGUUAUGGGAACUACCCUGCGGUUAUGGGGUAUGAGUAUAUAUACUUGACUUUGGUCGCUGCUUUUGGGCCUGUGGACGAUAGGAAAAACUGGUCGGCUUACGAAGGCGAACUGCCAGUUUAA